UAAACGACCAGUGAAAUUUUCAUGUAUAUGUUAAUUAACUAGCGAACCAAAACUGAUAAUUUGACUCCAGCGUGUUUAAAAAUUUUGAAAUUGUCAUAAAAAAAUUGGCUGUUAAAAAUAAAGACACACGUCUUUUUUCGUUUUAAUUAAAUUCUAUGUCAAUGAUCCAUAAUCGUUUAAAACCCCCGCGUAUGACACAAGUUACACCUGUUUAUAUUAUAUGUAUUAUCUAUGGGUGAAACAGUGUGGUAUGGUGGAAAACACUAUUAUUUGUGCGAGUGAUCCACCAUUUUAUCACGAAGAUUCUCUAAUCUCUACCUCGAUUUUUUUUCACGUUGGCGCCACUGCUCCUGGAAGACUUCAACAAUAUUCGCUAACAACGGUGUCCUCUAACCUCUCUUCUUAAUUCAUUAUUUCGUUCGACUGCCUAAGACUUUUAAUUUUUGUACAAAUCUGUGUAUGUAGUUUGUAUUCUCCCGAAUUUAUUUUCAUAUGUGUCUCUCAUAAUAUUGAUACAUGUGCGUCAAAUUGUUUACACGAGCACUUAAAUAGGCUACACGCUACAGCCUACAAUAGUUCCGUCCGCAUUCCAUGUGAUCUAAGUUUUAGUUCCUGUACCCUGCUUACAACGGUAAUAAAAUUUAAUAAAUAAUUAAUUUAUAAUAUUAUAAUAAAUAAUAAAUAAUAAAUAAUAUAAUACCUAUAUAUUAUUUAGUCAUGGUUAUAAUUUAAUUAAUUGUAAGUAUUGUUGUAUUUCCUAUCUCUUAGAGAACUGAAUUUUGUUAAGUUCUAAUAUAUAUUAUUAUAUAAGCAAGUCCACAUCGAUCUCUCCUGUGUUAUUGAUUUGUUGUUUAAGAGGACACAAUAUAUACCUGCUUGAAUUCAUUUUCUUCAGUUCACAUAGAUACACAUGGUGCAAACGUUCACUAAAAAAAUAAAUACAUUCAUAUUCAGUGCUUAAAAAAGGAACUCGUUUACGUUCUAUUUGAAAAAACGAGUGACGUUUAAGUAUCGUUCACUAAAUAUGAACAUGAACGACAUUCUUUCUAAACACUAUGCAUAACUCAGUCCGCUUAUGGUCAUAGACUCUGUUUUGUUUUGAUUAAUACUAUAUUAACACUAUCAACCUAUAUACCCAAAUCAUCCUGCUCUUGUAGUCUCAUUUGUAUAAUUUUGUAUGUACUCAUAUAAAGUUAUAAUGUUAUAUGCUUGACAUUUGAUAUUUUAUUUUUUUAUUUUUUUAACUUAGGUAUCAAUAUGCCUAAAUAUUCUUUAAUUGAGAGUAAGUUACGUCGAUAUUUAUACUUGGGACAUGAAUAUUGUAUAUAUGUCCCUCCUUUAAUUCGAACUUCAUUUUGGAAUGAAAAACAUUAUCAUGAUGUUACUGGUGUAAGGAUAAUUGGAAAAAUUGUCAAAAAAAAUAAAACUGAAGAGAUUAAUUCAAUAGUUCCAAUAAUUUUAAAGAUUAAAAAAGAAGAUAAACUUCUUGAUGAUCAGCUCCUGAUUUUUACAUUGGCCGUGUGUGCUAGAUUUAAUUUGAAACCAUGUAAAAAAAUGGUUGCUGAUGCUUAUGCAGCAGUCUCUACAAUAUGUACAGAUGGAUUAAAAUUAUUAAUGUUUGUUAAAUUCAUUAAAACAGCUGAUAAUAUGCUUUUUGAUCAGGGUUUUAUAACCACUUCGUCUAAUGGUCAUGGUCGUGGUUUUGCCAAAUCUAUGACUAAGUGGUAUUUAAAUAGAGAUCCAUUGCUAACUACAGAACACAUAGUAAGGAAUAAAUGUUAUGAUGGUUGGAGUCAUAAAGAUGUGAUGAAACUGAUUCAUCUUCAUUCCAAAGAACCAUGUCGUAUUAUGUACAUUGUCUACACUUUAAGUGGCAUCAAAAGGGUUGAACAAUUAUUUGGAUCUAAAAUGAAAGAUAUUUGUAUUGAAGAUAGCGAUGAAACAUUUGAAAAUAAGCAAUUAAAAAGUAUUUACAAUUUUUUAAAUCAAGUAGAAAAUAUAAAAAAAAUGGAUGAGCGUGCAUUGCAGAAUGAAAUUGAAUUUAAUAGAUUGGGUGAGAAACCUGAAGUUAUACCACGAGAAAUGCUAAAAAAUUCAACUAUUUUAACUUCACUUGUUAUGCAUUUUCCGUUAGAGAAACUUUUGGAGAACACAUUUUUUUUUGCUAAAAACAAAUUGUUUCACAAUUCAACACCUGAUGUAGGACUUAGGGAGUAUAUUUUACGCUUCAACAACACAAUUCUAUUAAAGACAUCACAAAUUCAUCCGAUUGAACCAUUUAUACAAUAUGCUAAAUAUGCUAGAACAUGCAGAAAUAUCUUAAAGGUGCAAAAUAAUGUUAUGAAAAAUGAAGAAGACAACUUUAUUGUUGAAUCAAUUGAUAAUAAAUUAAAAGUGAUAAUUAAGUUACAAAAAACACCAGAUAAAGAAGAAGUUGCUAUUCAACCAAGUAUAGAAAAUGAAGGUGAAUUAUUUAAUGAAGUUAAUCCUGUAUCAACAGAAGAAACAGUACCAGAUGUGAUUCAAUCAGAAGUUAAUGAUAUCAACCAGCAGCAACCGAGUGUUUUCUUUAUGAUAAAACCACUUCCAAAAUUAGUAAAUCAGCUAAUAACAUUUUUAUCUGAAGAUCUAAUAAAAAAAACUUGCGAAGUAUUUAUUUGCAAUUAUUUUAAUUUCUAGAAAUCGGAAAUAUUUUAUUUUAAUAUAUUUUUUUUAGCUCUUAGAUCCUUUAAGCCUUCGUAUAAUGAUAACAUAUGA